AUGGUGGGCAGCGUGUGGGCAGCUCUCGGGCUCUCCCUUACCUGCAUCUCAGCCCUCAGCCUCAUCUCCCCUGCCUGGUUCCUGACUCCCAUCUUCUCCUUUGGCAUCCUCACCUAUUGCUCCUGGCCUCAGGGCAACAGCUGGAACCAGAGUUGUGUGAUCUUCAGGUCCCUGGAUACUAUUCCCGACUUUGCUUGGAAGGUCUCAGCGGCAAUGCUCCUCGGAGGCUGGCUCCUGCAGGCCUUCAAUGCAAUUCUCCUCCUAUCCUGGACCCUGUCCCCCAAAAGGCUUUGCUCAAGGAGGGGCAGUGGCCCAGCACCAGGGUUGCAGGCAGCAGCAGCCACUGCCAGUAUUAUGGGCCUGCUGGUUUUCCCGAUCAGCCUGGCCUCCCCCUUUGCCAAGAAAGCCUGUGGAGAUGCCUCUAUGUACUACAGUGGGCAGUGCCAACUGGGCUGGGGCUACGUGACCGCCAUCUUCAAUGCAGUCCUGGCCAGCCUCCUGCUCAUCAUUGGAUGGCCCCACACAACCAAGAUCCAGGGGAAGACCAUUCUCUUCUUCAGUAAUACUGAGAGAAUCAUCCUUGUGCCAGAAAUAAGGCCAUAA